CAGCAGUAGUAGCAGCAGCAGGCUUGAUGGUGCAGCAGAACCGCCUUUGUGUUCCCCGCUGCAGUGGGGGAGCGCAUUUAUCGUCUCGCCUGAGGAAAGGAGCCAAGAGUAUCCUCCAAUCAGCCGUCAGUGAUUUCUAUCAUCUUGUAGAGUCCGCUGAUGGUGAUUUAUGUUGAACCUGAGAGAGGCACUUCACACUCUGACACUACUCACCACCUGGAUGGAAUCCUCUCAACGCUUUUGUUCCUAAUUGUGGGUUUUUAAAAGAAUGGCCAACAGACAAAAGGUGGAUUACUACGGAGCUGCUGCCUCACAUUCAUGAAUUUAUGCUCUUUCCUCCCUGCAGCACAAGAUGGAUGAACUUUCUUUUAGAUUGAGCUAGAUUCUCUAGAUUGAGCUUUGUUUUGGUCUGUGAGGACACAGAGGGACAGAAGUGAUUAUUGCAGUACUCUGGAAGAGGGCAUACUCUCGUAUCCCCCCUCAUCCUUACAGUUUGCAUAUCCUCUCUUUCUAUCCUCCCUGAGUCUGUUGCAUCCUGUGUGAGUUCAUACCUGUUGACUCAGAUCAUUCACAUGGCAGGCUCUGGCUUUCAAACUGGAGCUUUUACAGUAGUAGCCAGGUAAGAUUAGAAUUCGCAUCCUCAUGCGAUGGUAGGCUCUAUGUGGAGCUGGAGAUGGAGAGAGAGCAGGAACCGUCGGGACAUUUGACACGCCUGUUUGGCUUUCAGCACCUGCUGUGACUGUCUGCCACAGUUCUACAACUAGACUGGCUAAUGGCAUCUCUCUAGCGCUUACUGCCUAGCCUAGCAGACUGGGAGGGGUUUUUCAAGCGUGUGUGCGUGUCUCUCUCCGUGUGUGUGUGUGGGUCUUUUAUAUUGGAGUUGGUUAUAUAUUGUCAGUGUUAAGGAUUACACUGAGUGUCUGGAGAGAUUACAGGUGCAGUCAGCGAGGCUUUGAGGAAGGAUUACAGAAGCUAACGCCUUGUCGCUGCCAGAAGGGUGGCUGGACAGAGGUUUCCUUUUCAAAGCGCACCGUGUUGAACGGUGAUCAGACUGCAGGGUCUCCUGGAGGAGGUGCAGAUAAGACAUAAAGGUUUAACCCAGGUGAUGAGACAGACAGAGAGGGGAGAGGACCGGGAGAGAUACACACUCAUGGAGAAAUGGUUACGAGGGUACAGUCUAUUGUGGUACCUUUCUACUUGAGCAUGGAUUAUGUUAGAGAUGGAGAGAGAAAGACAGAGGGUAAUUAAAGAACGAGUGCAGGGUUGAAGUCAAUACACUGAUUUCUCCCACUUUAACAGUGGAAGCACAGGUUGAAUGAGAGAUACACAUGAGAGGAGAAGAGACAAAGUGAAAGACUAUCAAUUAACACAUUUCAAUGAAAAGGAAAAGAGAGAUAGCUAAACCUCAAUCUUUCAAAUAAAAAGCACAGCAUUUUACACAUGGCUUAUCAUUGGUGGUCUUGAUGGUAAUGAGUCCUGAAUCUUCCAAUAAUAGUCCUGCAAACACAACAUCCAAUUGAAUCCCGUAGUGCAUGUGAUAUUGAUUUUAAAACAUGACCAGGUAGGAUGGUUCCUGUUCUCUGCCUAACAGGCCUGUAAUUGAAUUCUAAUCUUCUCUUCAGUGACACCCUGGAGCAGUAGCCUCCAGUAUUCCAGUGGAUUGGAAACACUUUCGAUUAGUUAAUAAAUGAACCAUAACGUCAAAAGUGCUGGCUGGAAACCUGACAAAACACCUAGCUGAACCAACCAGUCUGUCUCAAACACCCUUCAGCCGACAACUGUAACCUAUUUCCCUCAAAUACUCCACAUUUUUAAAUGACAUAUAUUUUGCAUGCGGACGUGUUCACUGAAACAGCUUCAUCCUGAAAGUGGUCCUUAGCAGUUGUUAUUCUGACAGAUACAGACCAUCAGGGAAAGAGGUGUAGUUUGGACAACAGCGACUUCCUGGUGUGUUGUUCCCUCACUGUGAUGCUUGUGCAAGUGGGUGUGUUAUUGGGUUUCGUGUACCCGAUACACACCGCUUAUCUUAGCCCGACGACCAGGGCUUGAGCUUCAGGCCGUAGGCUAGAUGGUUCAGUGGGUAGGUUCUUUCUCUCUCCUCUUCGUCAGUUUCAAUGGAGGCAAACCAGGAAAUGUCAACGAUCAUAAGCACCAAUGAAAAGGUUCUGACGAGUCCAUUUACCCUGAAGAGGUGAAAGUACCAGAGCAAAAGAGGAGCGGAACCUGGGAAAAGACUGAAGCAAUCCUUCUAAACCUGGAAAGCAAAGAAGGUGGGAAGGGAAACAGAAGGUGAAAGGUUCUUUGAUAUCGGUGCCUGUUUGCAUCUGAAACUUUGAAAGUGUUUCUUUGAUAGAGUGCUGGGACCAGGGGAAAAACAUGGGUGAGUUUACUUCCAGUUCCACUGGGAAAAACCUCAGCUAGUUCAGAGAGACAGCUCACAUGGUGAGACUGUUCCACAGAAAUGAGAAGUGGUUAUUAGGUUAUUGAAUCAUCAUUAUAUAGUCAUGAUAGACUGUCUUAGAUACAUUACAACACAAUAGCAGAGAUCAUCUGUCAGUCGUUCUUUCCAACCCGUCAGCAGCUCCCUUGUCACCUUAGUCAUUCCUCACUCCCCUUUCUACUCCUUCUGACCAAUCCAAAGACCACGAUGGAGUCAUGCAAAACCUAACCUGAACCUAACCACUCCACGCUUAUGAAGACAAACAGAGAUUGUUGUACUCUGUGAUGGGGACAGAAACAGACGGGAAGACAUUCAAAACCUUUUUGUAAAUGUAUGGAUCACUACAGGAUGGUAGAACUUGAAAUCUGACUAAAAAGAAGAGAGGAACAGGACACAGGGACAGGGACACAGACUGUUUUUGGGGACAGAGAACCUCUGGGAUUCAUAAUCCACAGUGCCCUAGUAUAAGAGGGGUCGACACCUGUAGGUCGGUGGGAAGCUCUCUCUGGCUGCCACACCCAAAGGGAAAGAGGGGCAUUUUUAGGUACUGACCUCCUGGACUGGUUUGGCCCCACCCGGCCUGAGUCCAGGUCACCAUGGGGUGCAACAUGUGUGUGGUUCAGAAGCCUGAGGAACAGUACAGGGUCAUGUUCCAGGUGAAUGGUAAGGAGCUGUCCUGUCUCUCACGGGACCCCACCCUGGAUGUGCGAGACCCCCUGCUGUCUCACGUGUUGAAGAGGGGGGCCCGGCGGCGGGCGGGACUCGCAGGGCGACUAGCGGGGCUGGACGGGACAGUAGCAGUUCCAGGGGGGCUGGCUGACUGUGUGGACAGCGGCACUCAGACUGACAUCAGCUUCCAACAUAUGUUGACUCUGGGAAGGACCACCCACCACCCAGGUGGAGCCCCACCCCCUCACCCGCCCCCCUCCCCUCCACUACCACCCAUCCUGGAACCCAACCUGCUCAACGAGCUCCUUUUAGAGCCUGAAUAUUAUGACCCCAAUGACUACUUUGACAUCACUCAGCAUGAGGCGGAUCUCAGGCAGGAUGAGUUGGAGUACGAGGAGGUGGAGCUCUAUAAGUCUCGUCAACAGGACAAACUGGGGUUAACGGUGUGCUACCGGACAGACGAUGAGGAGGACCUGGGGAUCUAUGUGGGCGAGGUCAACCCCAAUAGUAUAGCUGCUAUGGAUGGCCGUAUCCGAGAGGGGGAUAGAAUAUUACAGAUAAACGGGGUGGACAUCCAGAACAGAGAGGAGGCAGUGGCCAUUCUGACCCAGGAGGACAGCACCAACAUCUCCCUGCUCCUGGCCCGGCCUGAAAUAGAGAAUGACAACCAGCUCGACCCAGAUGAACUGGACCUGGAGGUUCUGGAUAACGCUGUCCACCUGCCCAGCCCCCAUCAGCUGAGGAACAGGGCCUCCAUGCUGGGCGAAGGACCAGGGGUCGUGGGUGGGGGUGGUGUGGUGAUGGUCCGCGGGCGAGGUCACCGUGACUCUCCAGGCCUGCUCCACACGUUGCUGAGUAACAGCCAGGAGCUGGACAGCGGGGUGGGUCGUACAGACGAGAGUACCCGCAAUGAGGAGUCCUCAGAACACGACCUACUAGGAGACGACCAGACCAGCGCCCCCACCACCAACGCCACCAACACCCCCGGCAGCAUGCGCAGGUUCCACUCUGGCCAGGGGGACAGGGACACCCCACCCCUUCUACAUGGCCACUCCACAGAGUUCCACUUCAGCACGGACUCUCUACUGGGUCUGGACUGUCUGGGUGGGGGAGGAGGUGGUGACCUGGCAGGGGAGAGGGUCUACGCAGCUGACCCAGUGAUGAUGAUGAUGCCGGGUCUGACAGAAGAAGAGUGUGAGAGGUACAGGGAGCUCUUGGAGAUCAAGUGUUAUUAUGAGAAGAACAGCAAUGCUCUUCUGCUGCUGGGAGCAUGGGGGUCAUGGGGACAGGGGGGCGAUGGGGGGGUUCCUCUGGAUGUGAACAGGAAUGAGAGCCUGAUGCAGCAUGAGAUGGCCCUCGUGGAAGAGGAGCUACGCCACCUGGAGUUCAAGUGUCGUAACAUCCUGAGGGCCCAGAAGAUGCAGCAGCUCCGGGAGCGCUGUCUGAAGGCAUGGCCCCUGGAGGAGGAGAGUGGGGCCGGGGCCGGGCGGGUGGCUCCUUUGGUUAGCGAGGAGUCCUGUCACCAUGAGCUGUCAGACAUUAAUGAGCUCCCUGAGAGGGAGCGCUCCGACAAGGACAGCACCAGCGCCUACAACACAGGAGGGGAGAGCUGCAGGAGCACCCCUCUCGUCAGCGAACAGUACCCGUCCCCCUCUGCACAUGGCCAAAGCAGCUUGGAGGGGGGAGACUCUACCUCUUUGCCGUCGCGGACCCCCAGCCGGCACAGGGAGAGGGGAGGCAGGAGUGAGAGGGGGCAGGCUAACCUGAACCAGCCCUACUCCCCUAGCUCACACAGAAGGGGAGCGGAAGUCAAGACCUCUAGCCCGAGAGGGGCCAAGUUCAGAUCCUUGUCCCGUGACGGGGGGGCAAGGAGGGGGUCAGACGGAGGGGUGAGAUGCCCCAAAACCAAUGGGACAGUGGAGGGGAGGGAAGGGCGUAGCGCUGAGAACAGUCCUUAUCUGUCCCGCCGCCACUCUGGCUCCAGAAUCCCCCUGCGCUACCAGAGCUGCAUGCAGCUGAGGUCCCCCUCCACAUCCGAGGGCCUGGAGAGACCCAGGGAUGGCAGCGAGAGUCCCAUGAGCCUGGGGAGCACAUGCAAGGACAUCCCCCAGGGCCCUGUGUCCAUGCCAUCCUUACCCAUCGCCCCUCCCCUGCCUCCGCCGGCCUCGCCGCGUAUGGAGUGGAAGGUCAAAGUACGCAGCGACGGAUCUCGCUAUGUUGCCAAGCGGCCCGUUAGGGACCGCCUCCUGAAGGCCCGGGCCAUUAAGAUCCGGGAGGAGCGCAGCGGCAUGACCACGGACGACGACGCCGUCAGCGAGAUGAAGAUGGGCCGCUAUUGGUCCAAGGAGGAAAGGAAGCAGCAGCUUCUCAGGGCCCGGGAACAGCGCAGACGCAGGGAGUUUAUGAUGCAGAGCAGGCUGGACUGCCUGAGGGAGAGGGAUAGGGAGUCCAGUGGCAGUGGACAACAGGGGGCUCCACAGGGACAGGAGCCCACUACCAUCUUGGAGCUGAGCCACAGGAGGAGCCAGAAGAAACGAAGCCGUAGGAUCCUGGACAACUGGAUCACCAUCCAGGAACUACUGGCCCACGGAACCAGGUCCCCUGACGGCAAGAAGGUCUACAACCCUCUGCUGUCAGUCACCACUGUCUAAUGGAGAGGGUGGAAGACCGAGAAAGAAAAGAGAGGAUGACCAACAAAGUGAGAUCGAGAGGAAGUGUAGGUGUGAUUGAAAUAAAUGGUUCAGAGGAAGUGGGUUACUUUGGAGGGAAAGAAACCAACUGUCGACUGAUCUGCCAUUGCAUAUUGGAGAGAGAUUGGGUGAUAAGAGUCUGUACAACCUUCUCCUUAGUUACCAACAGCUGUGAUGAAAGAAAAGAGAGGGGAGAGAAUGGCGCAGUGUAGAAGACAAUAUAAUUACUGGUAACCCAUACUGCAAGCUGUCAUUUCUGCCUGAAAGAAUUAUAAACAUAAGCAGGUAGGCAAGACAACAGAAGUGAAAAGAAAGUGCUGGUGAAAUAAACCAAUCUGUAGCUAUACCAUUCUUAUAAGGACAGUGCCUCGAACGCCAACUAAUAAGCUUGUGUAUGGCAUUUAACAGAGUAUACAAAGCACAUUGGCCAACAAGAAUAAAGUAAAGGACAAAAUGACUGACUAAUGAAUGAAACGUGGACAUUGUGGUAAGAUCUGACGAGCACGUUUUAAUAUGAAUACAUUGAGAAGCACAGUGAGAGGGGGGGGGGGGCACACCAAAUCCCACAGCACAGGAAACAUGACAACUAUAUCUCUGGUGGUUGAGAGCUGAGGAAAUCUUCUUGAACGUGUCUUCUGAUGGCUGGUACGAUCGUAUUCUGCGGUGGAGUUACUUAUACAGUAUGACAGCACAAUCUGAGGAGUUGAAAGUGGUUCUUUGACAUUUGAUUAGCUGCAUGUUGACUAUAAAUGUUAAAAAGUAACAUAUACUUCAAAAAAACGUGACAAAAAGUUGGUGUGAAAUUGUGGAUGUGACAUGUUCUUAAUUUGUUGAAUUCUUAGACUAGAAAACAAUGUGGCUGUUUGUUCAGUAUACCGUGAUGUCUGGUCCAUAAACGUUUUACAAUAAAAGCCUUUUCUAUAUAAUUUGUUGAAGUGAUUUCGUCCUUUGUAUUGUUCCCAUAUUUUCGGUCAUACACCACCAUGCUCAAAAGUGUCCCAAGGGAGUUGCU